CGUGAUGCACCAAAGUCAACCCUCGAUAUUUAGGGAGCACCGGUCCGGGUGCCAGGCGCCGUAUAAAACCCGAUGAGCUCGGCGGGUGAUUUUCAUUAUCAUCACUUUUUAAGCGCAACUAGAUCGGAGAAGUCUGGCACACGUUGCAAGCAUGGAUGUGCUAUUGUUCGUCUCAGGAUUAUUUGCUAUCAUUCCAUUUGUCCAUACAGUACCAUGGGGCUACCCUGAAACAAAGCCCGGCACCGAUUACUGGCCCAAGAUUUUCCCGUCUUACUGUUCUGGCCUCGCCCAAUCACCGAUCAACAUUGUACCGAGCGCCGCUGAAAAGAUGACCCCGGCCUCGUUUGAAUUGACAGGAUUCAACUCGACCCCGCCCAGAGGGGCUAGGAUCACUGUGCAGAACAGCGGACUGAGUGCUCAGAUCAAGAUGACUGGCGAUUACAUGCUGAGUGGGGGCAAUCUACCGGGUCGCCAGUACCGUGCGGCUGGUAUCCAUUUCCACUGGGGGAGCACCAACACCCAAGGCUCGGAGCACACUGUGGAUGGAAGACAAUUCCCUGCUGAGAUGCACCUUGUGACCUACGACACGAGGUUUGCGUCCGUUGGCGAGGCUGCGUACAAGGUUGACGGACUCGCAGUUCUAGGAUUUUUCCUCGAGGUUCAGACAGCGGACAAUCCGAGCUUUGUGCCAUUCUUGACAGCUCUUUCGAGGACAACAUACGACGGCAGCACCGUCAACCUCGCGGUCCCGUUCCCGAUCGCUAGUUUGUUUCCAAGUACCAGCAUUAUGCAGCCAUAUUUCCGGUACCGGGGGUCGCUCACCACGCCGACGUGUAACGAGGUCGUCACAUGGACGGUGUUCAAAAUGCCGAUUAGAAUUUCACAGAGACAGCUCAACGUCUUCCGUUCGCUUAGGGAGAACGCCGCGGGCACAUUUCCUGACAUCCCGAUUGCGGACAACUUCCGGCCACCCCAGCCGCUGAACGGCCGAAUAGUCUACCAUUCGGCCGGUAUGUUACGCGUCUAGCCGUGGAAAAAGGAGGCCGCCAUGUUCAAUCCCGUUAAUAAUCGAUUUGACGAUCCAUGCGUUUGUCUGUUAUUUUUGCACCAACCAUUAACACUCACAGUGAUGGCUUUUAUUCGUAUAACUUACGUUAUAUUUAGGCUACUGAUAAAUUUCAUUGGAGCUGGUAUAUCACGUGACUCGUUUUUGUUGGAAAUCAAUAUACUCUGUGUUGGUUAUCUCACCAGUGAUUGUCAUGUCGAUCAGAUUCAAAAGAAGGCACCUUCCGAAGUAAAGAAAUUCAAAAUACCAAGGUGGAGAAUUCAUGCAUUAUUUUAGAAAAUUCACUUCGUAGUACCAAAUACCACGAACUGUUUUUCUUUAACAAACUGUAUAUACACAAGACUUUGUUAUAAUAAUAUGCGGAAUGGAAAUGUCCAGUAAAAUGUCCAUUAUUUUCAAUUCUACUUUUUUUUUCACAAAAGAACCAUAGGAUUAACAACGGUCCCAGGUGAAAUUAACCCAAAUAACUACGAAUCCAAAACUCCACAAAACAGGAUGCUUAACGACAGUGUAGUUCCUGUGUCGUAAGGAAAAAGUUCACCCUUUCAAUGUUUUGUUAGGGGUCAGGGAUAAACAUAGGUUUAGGUAACUAUUUAUGUAGUGUGUUUCCAAUUUUUUGAAUACAAUGUAUAUUGGACAAGAAUUCUAAAUGAAGCGUGAAAAUAACCUUAUUUUUUUCAAAAUUCAUUAUGGAUGUCUUCUUUAAUUGUAUGUUUUUAAGACAAAUAUUGAUAAUCAAUUUUUCAUGCACGAUUUAACAAGUAAUUUGCACUUUAUAACUUGUAAAUAAAACGCACAAAAUUGUAUCAAUGCUUGUUUAUUUAACAUGAUGAUCUAUUUUCUCGUACUGUAGCUACUGUAUUAAUUGUCUUCGCUGAAGUCCAAAUGCUUAUUACAUGUAACAGGAAAUAAUAAUCAGCCAAACGUGUACAUUAAAGGGCAGGCCCCAUGGAACAGCUGAA